AUGGCGGCCACCUCAAGCGUGGAAUGUGUAGACUUUUUGGAGUUUCAGGACACUUUGCAGAAGAUGAGACAAAUAGAUGACAAGAUCAUUUAUAUGCUCAACACCACUCUGCCCACGGAAUCGUUCAAGAGUCAAACUGAUCCAUCGGUGACGUGCAAAGAUCUGUUUCAGCAAAUUCAGUCGGGCCAUGCUCAACGUGAAAUAACCAUUAAAAAGUGCUUGAACCUCGUUAGAGACAGAGUGAAGGAUUUGAAAGGGAAAAGAGAUGUUAAUGGCAAUGAUCCCGAUCUUUUGAAAACUUUGAGGAAAGAACAAAAUAAACUACGUCUUCUUGAAUCGGAAUUGGGUGUUGAGGAAGUUAUAAAACAAAGAACAAAAGAAGUUUACCACGAAAGGUGCCGUGGAUAUUACAAGCCCGAAAAUAACCCAUGAAAUAAGACUGUGACUGAAGAGUUGUUUAAUAACGUGUACAAGGAUUAUCUGCCAAGUUUACUCAGUGAAAUAUAGAAAUAUAUCAUAAAAGAAUGAAACUAAUACAUCAUCAUCUGGUUUAAAAGUUUUAACUUUUUUUUUUUCAAUGCUAUAGCCUUUACUUUAUUUUACAUGGUUUGAUUUUGAAUUUUUUUUCAAAAGAUAGUUACUACUAUCUUUAUUUUAUAUACCUCAAAUGUCUCUUAUAUGGAAUGUUUUGUAAAUAUGGUGUUGAAGGGUGUAGGAAUAAACAAACUAGAUUGAAAACUUUUCCUCCAAGGAAAGGUAAUUUUG